AAGAUAAACCCAUUUUCCCCCUUCCCAAAGGCCUUGCCCUGAAUUAGUCACCACGUCCCAGAAAUAGCCUAUUGGAACUGCUUUCCAGGGUUGCCAAAUGUUGGUUUAUACUCACAUACUUGGGACUAUUCUUCCUAGGUAUGGCAUUUAGCACAACAAAGUUUUUGAGCCUAAGUAAAAUAUACCUGUUAGUGGCUGACUGAUAGGAGCUGAGCUCCUGCUGAAUAUUGGGUCUGGUUAAGAAAUAAUUCUAGGAAGCAUAAACUGCAACUACAAAGAAAGAGUGACAUAAUUCUUAAUAUUACCACUCUGUGGUAUUACUAUGAGCAGAAAUGUUAUAAAUGUCUCAAAAGUAUAUGUGAGUAACCUGCAGGACAAAAAUGAAGAGGAAAAGCCAAGACUCCCAGUCCAGAUUGCCAGACAACACCGCUGUGAAGCAGCAGCAACUGCCCGCCUAUCGGCUACAGCUCUCGGCCAAGGAAAUCCUCUCUGGCUUUUUUGCUACAGGAGUGUUCUGCCUUGGCAUUGGCAUCAUCCUUCUGUUGUCUGCAAAGAGCAUCAAAGAAAUAGAGAUUAAUUACACAGAAAAAUGUGCAAAUUGUGCAAAACUGCGGGAAAAUGCUGCUAAUUUUGCCAAAGAAUGCGCCUGCUCUAUUCCUUUUUACCUUUCAGAGGCAAUGAGGGGUAAUGUUUAUAUGUACUAUAAAUUGUAUGGCUUCUAUCAGAACCUCUAUCGAUAUAUUUUAUCCAGAAGUAAUAGCCAACUGGUGGGUACAGAUAUAAAGGAUGUUACAAACUGUUCUCCAUUCAAAAAUUCCCCAAAUGGGACCCCCAUCGCUCCUUGUGGUGCUAUUGCCAACAGCAUAUUCAAUGACACCAUUAUUCUUUCAUACAAUCUUAAUUCAUCUAUACAUAUUAAAGUCCCAAUGCUAAGGAGUGGGAUUACAUGGUGGACAGACAAGUAUGUCAAGUUUCAGAAUCCAAGUUCCCACAAUCUUUCUAGUGCAUUUGCAGGAACCACGAAGCCCCCGUACUGGCCUAAGCCUGCCUAUGAACUGGAUGAAGAGGACCCAGGAAACAAUGGCUUCAUCAAUGAUGAUUUCAUCGUGUGGAUGCGGACAGCUGCCUUUCCCACUUUCAAAAAACUAUACCGCCGACUCCAUCGAAUACAGCAUUUUACUGAAGGAUUGCCUGCUGGUAGUUAUAGUUUCAACAUAACCUACAAUUUUCCAGUAAGCAGGUUCCAAGGAGAAAAAUCAGUUGUUCUUUCCACCCUGACAUGGAGUGGAGGCAGUAGCCUUUUCUUAGGUCUAGCCUACGUGGUGACAGGAGCUGUGACAUGGUUGGCUUUCUUUUCCAUGAUGGCAAUUCACUUGAGGCUGAAAGAAAGGAAAGGGUUCUUCCUCCAGUAGUAAAGUCAAGCUUUGAAAAGAAAAGACAGAAAUGGACUGUGAAGUAAUGGAGCCAAAGAUCUCCAACAAGACUCAAAAUGACUGGGCUAUUUCACCAGAAGGAACUGGAUUAACUGACCAGUUAAUAAUGAGAGUUUCAGAGUGAGGAAGAAAAAGAAGAGGAGGAGAAGGCAUAAUUAAGUAUAGUAAAAUGUCCUUGGAAUGGGGAAGGUAAAUCAUUCUUGAGCUCUAAACCAAGUCUCAGGUGUUUAUUUGACACCCUUGUGCCUAAAAGUAGGUGAAUGCCUAGCAGGGUGGCAUCACCAGACAAGAGUAAGUAAGUCCGGUGCCCCAAGAUUAGGUGAAUCCUUUUAACCAUCAAUCAGGCUCAGACCAUGAUGAGUCUUCGUCAGCUGGCUAAAAUUACAGACUUCCCAGCAACAAUUGUUGAACACUGAAUUGAGCA